AUGGUUGACUUCCAACCCCCGGCUGGGCCUCCUCCGCCUAAAGUCCCCGAAGGCUGGGUGGUGCGCUGGAACGAGCAGUACUACGUCAACAUUUAUACCAAAGUCUCCCAAUGGGAGAAACCCACCGAGCCAGCCCGCCCUCCCGAGCCCGCAAGCGAGGCCCCGCCCCCGGGCCCUCCCCCAUCCUACACUGGCGGCAACACCUCGUCUCCAGCAACCGACUCCAAAACUAGCAACAACCCUUUCCUUUCUGCCACCAACACUGGCACUACCAGCACAAGCAAUCCGACCCCCUCCGAAGAAGAUGACGAGCGCCUAGCCAGACAGCUCCAAGCUGAAGAGGACGCGCGUGCGGCGGCCGCGCUGGCGGGAUACCCUCCGGCCGGGAUCUCAACCUCAACCUCAGCGGCCAAUGCGACUCCUUCGUCAUCAGCCUUCCCGACCGAACUCCCUCCCCGUCCCGGAAGCUCCUCUGCUAACCGCGGAAGUUCUGGGAAGAGUGGCAGUGGUACCAAGCUGCUCGAUAAAUUGCUAAGCAAAGUCGCCGGAAGCAAGCAUUCUAAGUAUCACCCGCCGCCUCCGCAUCCUGGACCGCAUCCUGGACCGGCUGGAUUCUUCGCCGCGCAUCCUCCUCCGCCUCCCCAUCCCGGGCCCCAUGGGCCUCCUCCUCCGCCGGGAGGUUUCUUCACACCUCCUCAUGGUCACGGGCAUCCCCCGGAGCCGCAUGGCCCUGGCUUCCACGGCUUCCAUCCCCCUCCCCCCGGUGGCGGCUUCUUUGGCGGGCAUCACCCCCCUGGGCACGUCUUCGGCCACGGUCACGGCCAUCAUGGUGGUAAGAGUAGAGGAAGCGGGAUGGGCAUGGCAGCUGGCGCAGCGGCGCUGGGUGUUGGCGCCGGGUUGGUCGGUGGCGCGCUGGUGGCAGAUGCGGUAAUGGAUGCGCAAAUGGAUGCUUAUCAGGAAGGGUUCGCGGAUGGGGCUGAUUUCGGAGGGGGCGAUUUUGAUUUCUGA